AUGAACCGGGCUUUGUGCGCAACCUACUCCUGCCCUCCGACCAGCCCCCCGAGGCCUUCGGCCCCAGACCAGAAAGGCCAGACCGUCCCUCUGCCACUCACCGGCACACCUCAGGGUCCAAGGAGUGGCUGUGUGUACAUGCUCUGUCAGACUGACUGUGCCAAAGCACACUCUGCCCAUGCCACCUCCCCACCCCACCCUCACCUGACAGCCAGUGGAGGGGCCUCCUUGGUCCUCACACCAGACACUCCAGCUCCUACCCAGGGCAUUUUCAUGGGCUGUCCUCCGCGCCUGGAACACUCUCCCUCCCCCUAUCCGCCUGCUGGUCUCCCUGGCCCCCUGCAAGUCUCAGGAAGACAGGGGUCCCCGGGAGGGGUGGGGAGAAGAAUGUGGACCCUCAGGGGAGAGAUGAGGAUCCCAGGGGUCCGGGAUCUCCCAAGAGAAAUGGAAGAAGAAUGGGAAUCUUGGGAGAGGAACGGGGACCCUCUUGGAGGAGGGCAGGGGUCCCUGGGGAAGGAUGGGGAGAACAACGGGGACCCUGGGAGAGGAAUGGAGACCCCCUGGGGUAAGAGGACAGGGAUCCCCCAGGACGGGGACAAGAACGAGGCCCCCGGGAGAGGAAUGGGGCCCCCCCAGGAAGGACGGGGCGCCCCGGGGGGGAGGCAGGCCCCGGCCGGCCGCCCCGCUCCGCACUCACCGGCGGCCCUGGCCCGGCGGCUCGCGGCGCUCGCUGGUCGGCCUAGGGGCCGGGAGGCGGCGGCUCUGGGCUCUGGGCUCGGCUCGGGCUGCGGACGUGGCGCCCGCGCGGCCCGCCCUCCUCCCGGACACACGCUGGGCCUCCCACCCGCCCCUACCCACGCCCACCCGGCCGCUCACUCCUCCCAGCGCCGCCCGCUCGCUCCCGCGCCAGCUCUGGCGGGGCCGCGCGCGCGCGCGCGCUCCCCAACGCCGCCGGGGGGCCGCCGCCGGCCGAGCGCCCCUUCCCGCGCCUGCGUGGCUGCGUAG